UUGUUUAGAUAUAUCCAACAGUUCGAAGAAACUAUAAAACAUGACUUCCCGGCUGCUACAGGACCCGCUGCGACGUUGAUCGAAUCCAUUCAAGACCACUCGGAUCUUUUCAGGUUUCUGAAGCGGGCAUUCGAAGCUGUGCACGCACGUGGUGGAUUAGCUAUAAGCGAUGAAGUGCAGACCGGUUUUGGACGACUGGGUUCACAUUUCUGGGGAUUUGAGGCACAAGAUGCAAAACCAGAUAUUGUUACAAUGGCAAAAGGUAUUGGAAAUGGCUUCCCCAUGGGUGCCGUUGUGACUACCGAAGAGAUCGCAGCUUCAUUUGGAAAAGCCCUCUAUUUCAACACAUUCGGAGGCAAUCCAAUGGCAUCAGUUGUCGGCAAAACUGUGUUAGAGGUCAGCAGGUUGUAUCGAUAUAAAGUUUCUUUGAUGCAGCUCGAUGGGCCCCAAGCACUUGAAUGUUACGAGCCUACCCAAAUCGGUGUUGUAUAA